GAGACAACGAUUUCGUGUGCGGUGCGACUUAUUUGAUUUAUAGGCAGACACCGGCUAUAAUUCCAAAAAAACAGCCGGUCCCCUCCCUUUUCAUUUUUUUUCUUCAUCCAUUCACCGAUCCAUCUAUCCGUCCGUCCGUCUGUCCCUCCUCCUCCUCCCCUUGGGGCUGCUGGACGACGAGCGAGGAGGCCGUGAGGAACGCUCUACCCAUACUCCAAUGAGAGAGAGAGAAAGGACGCUCUGCCAGGACAUUUGGGCUUAUCAGUGCGGACGAAGGUAGACUUUUCGGGGCGGGGAUGGUGAGGGACUUUCUCGGCACUACUGCACUUCGAACAGCCAAACCAAGAUCAUGAGAGGGUGUAAGACGGCGAAGAAGCGGCCGGCAUACCCUUGUCUUUGACGACGCGGUCCGUGUGUCCCUUUCUCAGCUUCUGGAUGGCCGCGCAGGUGACGGAGAGAAGAUGAUGGAUGCAACGAAGGAGGAUGUUAUUGAAUUCGUUUGAGAACAUUAUUUGAUCUUCAACGCUCGACAACAAUGACACUGAUAUUUCAAAGGAAAACGGUAUUUUUCUUUCACCUUUCUCCUCGAGAUUGUCUAGUCUGAAUAAUACGCAUUAAUAACAAAUGUCACAAUAUCCUGGUAUCAAGGCUUGUCAGAGCGCACUAGUAAAACAACUGUAAGGUGGUGGGAGCCCCAUUAUUGCCACAUUGUGCCAAACAUUGCGGAUGUUUUAAUUAAAUAAAUAAUAGUUGCUUUUUCCCUUUUCGAUGCCUUUUAAGUCUCUGUUUCCAAAAUGCCAAGUUGGACGCUAGUGACGGCCGUAGCUCUAGGCUGUUAAUUAUUUUCAGAUUUAUAUUCGAAAUCAGAUUUAUUGAGGCCUGUGUGAUAUUAAAGGCGUUUACAUUUCGAUUACACGCUGUUAUGAGAGUAAAGGAAUAAAUCGUCCAGAAAGGUGCAGGAGGCUGCGGUGCGCUCUGAUACAGGCAUGAACCAUGGAGAACAUGAAACAUUCAUGUUAAGUCGCUACAGUCUCCCCAUGAUUUCAUGUUGGGGGCGAAUCCUGCUUCAUACGGACAUAAGAACCGACUUAGACUGAGACACCCCACAGCACUACCCCACAGUGCAACGAGUCAGCCAAACGACCGCACAUUUCAUUUCCUCACACCCACAAUUGGCCGUUGGCAGAGACGCACCGAGAAGGAGACAGUACAUGGGCGUCCUCGUCUGCUAAAAGCAUCAUAUAACUGCUCGCCGGGUGCAGGUGUUCAGCAUUAGACCAACAAGACAACCCGUUGUGCAUAUGAGACGUUCCGAUCCAGAUGGGAUGUAAUGUUGUGUGGCUGCACAGCUGAGCAUUGGUCUCCUUCUCCGCUGCUUCGUGAAGAUUGGAUUUCGGUGUCCAGAGAAUGGCGCGGUUUGGAGAUGAGGUACCGGCCAGGUAUGGUGGAGGGCCCGGCGGAGGGGGCCAGGGUGGCCGCGGUGGUGGCAGGCAAGGAGGACCCCACGGACACGUUCAUGGACACGGACACGGCCAUGGCCACGGUGCACCCGGAGGGCCCGGGGUCCAGAGAGUGUACAAGCAGUCUAUGGCGCAGAGAGCCCGGACUAUGGCCCUCUAUAACCCCAUCCCCGUGCGCCAGAACUGUUUCACUGUCAACCGCUCGCUAUUCAUUUUCAGUGAGGAUAACUUCGUCAGAAAAUACGCCAAAAAGAUCACCGAAUGGCCUCCAUUUGAGUGGAUGAUUCUCGCCACCAUCAUUGCCAACUGCAUUGUCUUGGCUCUGGAGCAACAUUUGCCUGAUGGGGACAAGACGCCGCUGUCUGAGCGCCUGGAUGAUACAGAGCCGUACUUCAUUGGGAUCUUCUGUUUUGAGUCUGGAAUAAAGAUCCUGGCGCUCGGUUUCGCCUUCCACAAGAACUCCUACCUGAGGAAUGGUUGGAACGUCAUGGACUUUGUGGUGGUGUGCACAGGGUGA